CUACUCGCCAGCUGUUCUCUCAUUUCAUGGCUCCGAAGAACUUGGAGCAAAAAAGAAUAAAAAAAAGAGAUUAAAAUUCCGAUUAUUCCAAAAAAUUAAAUUUCUUCCCAACAGUGCAUAACCGACGCGCGGCCUUAUUCGGAAAGAGGAAGCGUGGAGGAUUCCCUCUUUAAUCUCCCUCGCCGAAUGAAGAACUCUCGUUCUCCCCUCCUUCUUUAACGCCGGCUCCGGUGGAGAAGAAGAUCGCCAGCGCCGGAGAGUUCAACGGAAUGAGGUCCAGCAUUAAUGGAGAUGAAGCAGGAAAUGGAGGUGCUGGUGGUGGAAAGGAGGAGAGGAUAUAUGUAUCGGUGAGGGUGAGGCCUCUCAGCUCUAAGGAAAUUGAGAGAAAUGAACAAUCAGAUUGGGAGGUCAUCAAUCACACCACCAUCAUCUUUAAGAACAAUCUACCAGAUCGAUCUAUGCCCCCCAGCGCUUAUACAUAUGAUAGAGUCUUUGAUUAUAAUUGUGACACAAGAAAAGUUUACGAGGAGGGAGCAAAGGAGGUUGCUCUUUCGGUACUCAGCGGCAUCAACUCGAGUAUUUUUGCUUAUGGGCAAACAAGCAGUGGAAAGACUUACACAAUGAAUGGAAUAACUGAGUAUUUUAUGGAAGAUGUUUAUGAUUACAUCAAGAAGCAUGAGGAGAGGGAAUUCCUUCUGAAAUUUUCAGCCAUGGAGAUAUAUAAUGAAGCUGUCAGGGAUCUUCUGAGUUCUGACUGUAGCCAUCUCAGACUUCUUGAUGAUCCCGAGAGGGGAACUGUUGUCGAGAAGCUUACUGAGGAAACACUAAGGAAUGAAAGCCAUUUUAAGGAGCUUCUUGCUAUUUGUGAAGCUCAAAGACAGAUAGGCGAGACCUAUUUAAACGAAGCCAGCUCUAGAUCUCAUCAGAUACUCAGACUGACGAUUGAAAGCUCCGCUAGAGAAUUUCGAGCGAGCUCUCUUGCAGCCGCAGUGAACUUUGUUGAUUUGGCUGGUAGUGAAAGGGCAUCUCAAACAUUGUCUGCUGGGUCAAGGCUGAAAGAAGGUAGUCACAUUAAUAGGAGUUUGCUUACGCUUGGAACCGUCAUUCGCAAGCUUAGCCACGGAAGAAAUGCACACGUUCCUUACCGUGACUCAAAGUUGACACGAAUAUUACAAAAUUCGUUGGGAGGUAAUGCAAGAACCGCCAUUAUUUGCACGAUGAGCCCCGCAAGGAGCCAUAUUGAACAGUCGAGAAACACCCUUUUGUUCGCAAGUUGUGCCAAGGAAGUCGUUACUAGCGCACAAGUCAAUGUUAUCAUGUCCGAUAAGGGGUUAGUAAAACAUUUACGAAGAGAACUUGCAAGGUUGGAGGACGAACUCAGAUACGUCAGCUCGGUGCAGAGAACAUCUAAUACAGAUGAAAUGAAGGUGAAAGAUGCCCAGAUAAUAAAGAUGGAAAAAGAGAUGAUGCUUUUAAUUCAGCAGAGGGAUCUUGCUCAGUCUCGACUCAAGAAUUUUGUUCGUUCCGUUGGGGAUGAUCGAGCCUCGAAAAAAAUGGAAGAAUCAAACCGAUUCUUAGUUCAGCUUACAUCUAAUGAUCAUGCUUUUAGACAUUGGGAUGAAUCCAGCCAGCCAUCUUUUUAUCGCGCCGGCACUUCCGAAGAUGAGUCAUCAGUGUCUGAGGCCUCCGGCAUUUGUUACCAAAGUCCUGAAUUCGGCAUUUCGAAGUGCCGAAUACCGCAUUCAAAUCAUUAUUAUGAUAUGACUCUACAGCCGCCGGCGACGUCAACGGGGUUUGAAAUCUCAGCGAGCGAUGCGAGUUACAUUCCGCAUAAUACUUCACGAGCCCAGGAGAUUGCAUCCGAUACUUCUGAAGAACACCCGAUUCUGCCUGCUGAAACUGAAGCUCCUUUGGAAAUUCUUAAGAAAUCAGAAAAAUUUUCGGGCGGGGAGUGCAAAUUUCAGGAUGUGAAGGGACCAGAUAAUGAAGAUAAGGUUAGCGCAAAGCAUUGUCAGGAUUCUUUUGAAGUGGACAUUCCAAGCAUUUCACACUUUGUUGAGGGACUGAAUAAAAUGGCUCAUGUUCAAUAUCAGAGACAAUUGACUAAGAAACGGGAGAUGCGUAAUGUUUCUCUUGAAAA